AGAGGCUAGCAAAUUCCUACCCAACUUUUACCCUUCAUCAUCACAGUAACCAUCUCUGUGGAGAAAGGAAGGAAACAACUGGAAAGAGCCAGACCUUCGGAGGUAGAAUUGCCAUACCGGAAUGGAGUGUCCAGACUCUCUUUUGACUGCUGAGUACACAGAAGUGAAGCUGGAGGUGCCAGAGGAGGAGGAGGCAUUAGCUGUGCUACAUUACGAGGAACAGAUCACAGAGUUACUUGUUGUUAUUGCUGAAUUGAACAGGAAGAUCGACAGACUGACAGUGACAACUAUCAGGGAGGAAGAUGAAUAUCUGGACACUUGCUCAGACUUUAGUGACAGUCACUACCUGGAGACCAGCACAUGCCUCUCUCCAGGCCAAGAUCAACUCACGGACUCUGACUGCCCAGGACAACCUUGUCAAAUAUCGAGGAUCACAGGUGAACAGGGUGAGCUGUCGCAGAAACUGCACCGGGUGUUGACGGAACUCGAGGACUCAGUGCGCACCCGGAGGACAGAAAUCCCACAUCGCUGCACUGACCCCACCAAAGAAGAGGAGGCAGCACUCGCCCACUGGGAGCUGGUCACUCAAACAAUCGAGGGGGUGGAACGAGAGCUGGGGGUUGACCUGACCGCAGAGCUGCAGGAGGAAAGGAGUCAGUGGGAAGCCGAACUGGAUUGCCUGAGAGAGAAAAAUCAGCACCUUGCACACCAACUCCUCGACAAGGACCAGGAACUGUGGCGAGUCACAGCUGCUCUCGAUGGGAUUCAGCGGGAGAGAGACAAGCUCCAACUAAAGGCUGAUGGCUUGCUCGCAUGUCUCCAGAGUCUGCAACAGAGUGUGACAGCCAGUCCGCCUCCCAGUCCAUUCCCCAGUAUCGUGGCGGCAAUCACAGCUGGAUCCAGCACUAUCAAUACCGAGUGUGAGGAAUUUGUGCACACUGAUCCAGGGUUUGUGCUUGAACGAUUGAUCCGGUCAUUCCAGGAGUGCUCCAGUGUCCAAAAUCUUUCCCAACUCCUUCAUGCACACGGUUCCAAUGUGGCCAGAGUAAGGAUCCGGGAUUCAGAAAUCGAUGCGGAUCAGCUUAGGAACUGCAUUGACAAGUGGAAAGGCCACAAUGAGCAGCUGUCAGUGGUCCUGCAGGAAUGCAAGGGUGACUGCGAGAGGCUGAGCAUGCUACUCGGGAAACAUGAAUCCAAUGGCACCGCACUGCGACUGGCCCUACAGUACAGUGAGGAAUGCGUUGACGUCUAUGAACUGCUCCUGGCUGAGGUUGAAACUAAAGGGAGCUCCAUGCAGAGGCAAUUUGAGGCAGGAAACAGGCUCCUCAAAGACCUGGUACAUUGGUGCAUGGACAAAGAUGGUAGAUUUGGCAGUAAGGGCACAGAAGGAGUGCCAGGGGCUGAUGCUGGGACACCAACAGAGAAUGCUCAUGGUAUUUGUUCAAUGACUGUUGAUCAUCACCAUCAGGUCCCAUCAGAACACAUGCAGCACAAGACUUACAAUAUCUCAGGGGAGCCAGAAGUUGAUGACAUUGUAACUCGUCUGAGAGGAGACAUUACAAGGCUCAGAGUCAGCCAUGCUGCGGUAGCGCAGACCAUCCUGGAACUGGGAGACACACCACCCCACCUGAAGCACUAUCUCCCUACCCCCUGGGAUGGUGAGGCCAGGUCACGAAGCAGCGAGGUUAGAACAGCUACACAGGUGGUGCUUGGGAUCAGCGCACGUUCAACUGGGAUGGUUCAUCAACAAAAAAAGGGAAAGAAGGGAGUUCUGCAAGAACUUGUGACUGUCAGGGAUGAUUUGUCAUGGCUGAAAGGUCAGUUGAGUUGGGUGAAGAAGGAGAGGAGAAACCUGGAGCAGAAGCUGCGAUCCCAGGAGUCACGGGAUGAGGCUGCAAUCCUACUCCUCGUACACUGGCAAGCAGAGCGAGAGGAGUGUCUGCAAGAGCAACCCAUCGCAGAUUGUAUCAAGGAGGUGAUUGCUCCAGCAUCAAAAGAACUUGAAAUCCGCAGUGACCAGCUAGUGUCUGAACUUACUGCAGCCUCCACACGGGAGAAACAACUGAGAGAACGUAUUGAGGAGUUGGUGAUAUCACUGGAGAAAAUGAUAAGAAACAAUAAUACUGAGAAGGAACGGUCUGAGGAACUAACCAGUGAGCUGAGGAAAACAUACAGCGACAUGUCGACAGCGUAUAGAAACGCCAAGAGGAAGUACGAGAACCAGCUGAGCAAACUGCAGUCGCAGGUGAGCACCAUGUCUGAGCGACAGGCCGCUCAGAUUCAAGCACUGGAGGAGAAAGUGAUGAGGCUUCAAGAGGAGCUGAACAAUGCCAAUGGCACACCAUUGUAACAGAGAUCUCUGAAUCAGGACAACCCCGGGGUCUUCUGCAUUUCCACAAACUGUGAUAAUCUUUGGUGUUUACAGAGCAUUCAAACAGAACUUACCCUCGAGAGAGAGGAACUGGGUAGGGGGGCAAAUUUCACAAUGGGUAAGAGCGUACAUUGGCUGUGGGAAGAGAUUUGAUGGUUGGAUGGAAUCCAUGAUAGGGUAGAGUGUAUCCUAGCUGGGUAAGGAUUGGAUUUAACGGACCAAAUGAUCUUCUUUCGUUCAGUUUCCUAAGCUUGUUCACGGAAUCUGGGAUGAAUUGAUUUCCCCCAGCUCUCACUUUCUGUGGUGAUCUCCAAAAUGUCUACUUCAGUCUUGCACAAAAGUGAUUUUAUAUUGACAGUUUUGACAAACUUCCUCAGUCAGCAUAGGUGCGAGAUAGUCAUUAAGGUUUCAUCUAAUUCAGCAAAAUGAUAUAAAUUUGAUUAUAUAUAAUUAUAUGAUAUAUGAUUCAGGUAAAUGAUAUAAAUUUGAUGAGGGGUUGUUACAUGGUAGAGUAACUUUUGGGAGGGGGGUGUUUGGGGAAGUGGAACAGCAGGUCCCUCUCUGCCCAACAAUCACAAUGAAUCCUAUAACCCGUGGAAGAUUUUUUUUAAAUGCUCACAAUUUAUGGGAAAGCUAAUCCUAAAACAUGGGGAAAAAAUGUUUAAAUCUCCAUUGUAACUCCAAGCACUUAAAAAAAUACAAAGUCAAGAGAUACCGAGCUGAAGUGAUGUAAGAGGGAUUGAGGAUUCAGUGGACAGUGAGGGAGAGUAGGCAGCAACAAGCAAGAGAUUUCUUCUUUCUCCCCAAGUUCUUUUCUCUAUUUUCUUUUGUAUUUAUGGAUUAGAAUUUACAGAAUGACACUUGGCUGCCAUUCAGCUCAUUGUGUCUGUGACAGAUCUUUGAAAAAGCUAUUGAGUUAGUUAGUCCCAAUCUCCCUGCUCUUUCCCUACAGCCCUGUAAAUUUUCCCUCCGAGUAUUUAUCCAAUUCUCUUUUGAAAGUUAUUCUUGAAUCUGCUUCCACCGCCCUUUCAGGCAGCGCCUUCCAGAUCACAACUCACUGCGUAAAUAAAUUUUUCCUUAUA